UCAUGAGGAAGUUGAGGUGUGAAUGUGCAUUAACAUAUCUUUUGUUUCCAAGGGUGGGAGAGGUCUGAGGUGUGAAUUGUUCAGUACAAUGUGUGACAAGCUUGGUAGCAACAUCCUGUGUUCAGUGUUUCAUCCAUCUGAGCACCUUGAAAACUCUUUGCAUGUAUUUUUCAUGAUGAAAAAAGGCUCUGGACAGCAUUGGGAACUGGAAAAGUAAAAAAUUUUUUUUAUCACAAAUGCUUAUAAACGUGAUUUGCCCAUUUGGCUUUUGAAACGCUAAUAAAAUCUACUCCUGAACGCAAUUUUGUUGCGU